AUGCCUACUGGUUCAGAAGAGCGGCGGCGUCGCUCAUCAAGGAGCCAGGAAGACGACAGUGAACAAGGGACACCACUUACAGGCAUGCCUACUGGUUCAGAAGAAAUGGGUCAGUCAAGCACAGAGAGAGGACAACAAUCAGGAUGCAGUACACUACACGAGGCUCGACCUGAUCCAGCCCAACUUGCUGCAGAUAAGUGCGAGGAGACGCUAAAAUAUAUCUAUCAAAAUACGGGUAGUUACGUGCAGAUGAUGCCAUGGAUGGAUGAUGACAAAAAACAUAUUAUGGACAUCUACACUAAGUUACAAUUAGAAAAGGGCGAUUAUGAUUUAAAGGGAAAAGUAGAAACAUACGAGGAUAUUUUCGAAAUCAAAUCCAGAGAUGGUCAUCCAAUUAUACGGGCAAUUUUGAGAGGAUUGGCUGGUCUAGGUAAAACGACUCUUCUCGAUAAAAUUGCUUACGAUUGGGCUUGUGGCUCUGUCACUGUACUGAAGAAAUAUAAGUUAGUUUUCGUAUUGAAAAUGCAUUCUCUGACACAGGAUUCAGAUGUAAUAGACUCAGUGUUUGAUCAGUUAUUAGAUGAAAAGGACAUAGAUAAAGAAGAGUUGAAAUCCUUCAUUACGACCCAGCCUGACGAAGUUUUGUUUCUGUUGGAUGGUUUUGAUGAAUUCAAGACCACUGAACUUGAUGAGACGAAAUUCGGUUCACUUCUCAAAAUGCUUAAUCGAAAGGGUGAGUAUGACAAAUGCAGUGUACUUGUAACAACUCGCCCCUCUCACUAUGACAAACUGGCAAAGGGCUCUUUGAUUGAGAGGCCCUUUGUUCUUGUGAAUGUUUUGGGGUUUAACAAAGAUGACAUUGAGGAAUAUGUGCACAAAUUUUACUCUGAAGAAAGUUUCCGAGCUUCUGGGCUUCUUGAGAGGAUAAAAUCCUCGGAGGUUCUGUACGAUUUGGCAAGGAGUCCCAUGAUACUGUUGUUGAUGUGCUUGUUAUGGAGAGUGAGUUCCGAACUCCCCGAUACAAUGUCACGCUUGUACGAUGAGGCACUAAAAUACAUAUUCAAACGAAAGAUAAAAAUGAUAUCUCCAGAAGAAAUAUCAAAGCUCAUUAUUGCGAUUGGAAAGGUUGCUCUGCGUGGCCUUCUUGCAUCUGAUCAAACGCUUUCAUUUCGGGAGGAAGAUUUUGAUCCAGAUGUGCUUCGUAUGGCUAUACGAGCUGGCAUCCUCACCAGCCAGCGAGUACAGAAGAAAAAAAGCCUCGAUACGAGUAACAGUGUUUAUUUCAUUCAUAAGACAUUCCAGGAAUUCUGUGCUGCCAAAUUCUUCCAAAGUGAAGACUUUAGUGAAAAAGAUGACGAACAAUUUGCAAAGUUCUUUCAUCAAACCCGUAAGUCAGUAGGAUUUGAUUAUCUCCUGCGCUUUUGCUGCGGUGACAAAGAUGGACGCCGUACAAACUCAAUUUUGCAAUUUUUGUUAGAUAAAGUAGAACAUGCGGGAAUUCUUCACGAUGGAAACUUACAAUUAGCCCUAAACUGUUACUUUGAGAGUCAGUCCCAGACAUUACCACCGUUGCAGUUAAUCAAUUCGGUUUUGGCAUACACAAUCACAAUCAGAGAUUUCAGUAGUGAUUAUUUCACAUCGUUGAUGUACUUCUUUAAAAACGUUACUGACCACACAAAGGCUGACGAGAACGCUUACUUUGAAAAGGUUCACAGCCUGGAAAUACAUAGCGUGGUAGCACGAGAGAGUAGCUUACUGCGAUUUGGUGCACAAUUUGCAUGCUACGUGAACAAAAUGACACAUCUUUCGGAAUUAAAUGUAGAUCUCUUAGUAAAAAAUCCGACUGGUCAACGCAUUGAAAGGAACUGUGUGUUAGAAUUUUCCUCUCUACGCAUGAACGAAUUAACGCAGCUGAAGAAUGUGAAAUUAUACAAUUUCGACUUCGCAAGUAACGACACGAAGAACAUUGUUGGGGCACUUAGUCACAUUCCAAAUCUUUACUUGAAUUUGUCUGACAAUGUGACUCUUACUGGUUCAGGGGAUUCGUGGACUCACUUGGCGGCAUUAAAAAAUGUCGGGGAAAUAAAAUUUUCUUCCUGCAAUUUGAAAGGGGAUGACGUGGAGCACAUUGCCAUGGCGGUGAGUAAUCUGACUAACCUCGUUAAAUUGGAUCUGUCUCGCAACAAGACUCUUGCUGGCUCAUGUAGUUCAUGGUCUAGCCUGGCGAAAAUGAAGAAUAUCCAGCAGCUCUGCUUGAGUGCCUGCAAAUUGACGUGGGAUGACAUGGAUCCCAUUUCCGCGGCACUGAGUAAUAUGCCCAACCUUGUUGAAUUGGAUCUGUCUUACAACAAGAAUCUCACUGGCUCAUGUGGUUCAUGGUCCCAGUUUGAAAAUAUGAGAAGUAUCAAGAAACUCAUCCUGUCUGGAUGCUCAUUAGAAGAAGAUAACAUAGAGCACAUUGUCAUGGCACUAGGUAAUAUGCCAAACCUUCUUGCGUUGGACUUGUCGAGCAAUAUGCUUCGUUACGAUGGUGAGGCAUUAUCUCAUUUGAAGAAAAUAAAGAAUCUCCAAAACCUGGACUUGGGAUACUGCAAGUUGACGGGAGAUCACAUUGAGCACAUCGCCAGGGCACUGAAAAAUAUGUCCGACUUUGUGGAGUUGGAUCUGUCGCACAAUCCGACUCUCUCUGCGUCAGGUGGUUUAUGGUCUCAGUUUUCGGAAAUUAAAAACAUUCAGGUACUGAAAAUUAUCUCUUGCAACUUGACAGUGGGUGACAUGGGGUACAUCACUAUGGCCCUGAGUAAAAUAUCCAACCUUGAUGAAUUGGAUCUGACUGGCAAUCAGGCCCUUGGAGGCUCAGAUGACUUAUGGUCUCACCUAGCAGAAUUGAAAACUAUACGUAAACUGUGUUUGCGUUCCUGCAAUUUGAUAGCGCGCGAUAUGGAGCAUAUUGCCGUGGCACUGAGUAAUCUGCCCAACCUUGAAGAAUUGGAUCUGUCUUACAAUGAGAUGCUUGCUGGUUCGAGCCGUUCAUGGUCACACUUAGCUCAAAUCAAAGCUCUCGGCAAACUGGUCUUGAGUUGCUGCAAAUUGAAAAGGUUUGACAUAAAGUACAUUUCCGCGGCACUAAGUAACAUGCCCAACCUUGUCGAAUUGGAUCUGUCUGGCAAUUUCACCCUUGCGGAAGCACGUCGUUUAUGGUCUCUCCUGACCGAUAUGAAACAGCUUCAGAUUUUGUCUCUGAAAUCCUGCGAUUUGACCGCUGACGAUAAGUCACGAAUCAGGCUUGCACAGUCCCAAAUGACCAACUUGGUGAAAUUAGAGUAUUAGCCGCCACAGCUUUCCUUUCUCAAAUGGCUUCAGCGGAGUCGACAAAAAUGUAAAGGAAGAUUUUGUUGAUUGUAAACCGCACGUCAAGUUAAUAACCGAAAAAUGCCUAGAUGGCAAUGUUAGUAUAAAAACAGCCUUGCGCAAUUUCGUGUAGGCCUAUACCCUGAAUUAUGUCAUCUUUCGAUUAAAUAUUAUACAUUGGGCAAUUAUUUCAUAAUUGUCGAGAAAGCAGAAUUUAUUUAUCUAGUCGUCGUGACUUACGACGUCCGUCAUCAAAACCAUCGUGCAAGAAUGUUUCCUGAAAAAAUAAAAGUGAAACCAACUAAAAUCAAGUUCGGAUUUUAAAUGAAAAACCUUUUCAUAACACAAAUCACAAUAUCACGUUUAUAUAGUCAACUUGGCCGUGUGGCAAUGUACCAACCGCGAUUUCCAUUUUUUGCACAACAGUGUUCUUUUCUCUCAUAUCUUCCAAGCCUCCAAAGCUGCAGGCGCUGCUAAGUACAUGAUUUUCUGCUAAAACAGUGUUUUCGUCUAUUUCGUGAAGACUGUACGCAAUAAGCACAUCAAAAUUCACGUGCGCGGGCAAUAUGUAGCAUAAUUUUGCACAUUCACAGCAUCAAAUAGUGCUUAAGGUUUGCACAAUUUUCUGCUACACUAUAAGUGCAACUUUUCUGCUAACCGUCAAGCAGCGCCACGAAACCAGUUCUCUACAGUGAUGACGUCCAUGGCCAAAGAUCUCAGAACAACUUAUCAGUAUAAUCAUACCAUCUGACAAAUAACACAUCUUAAACAAUAACGUCGAAAACAGUGGUUAAUGUUCGAUGUUCUGUCAAAUAACACAAAUGUCAAGAAAUGACACAUUUCCUUUUUUUCUCUAGACGGACAUAAUCGAAUGAAUGCAAAUAUCACAACUGUAGGCUACAUGGGAUGAUGAAUAACUUACGAAAUUGACACACCAAACGUACUACCUAUGAAUGUAUUACAGGUCGAUCUAAGAGAAAACGGGCAAAGACACGAUAUUUUUGGUAGUAUAUAUCCUUGAGACAAAGCCUGUUUUGAUUUUGCCCAUAAAUAAUUGGAUAACCCUCUCAUUAAGUGCGCUAUACCAGUUACUCACUGUGCUGUUGUUAUGUGUUUUUGUAUAUAAUGUGCCUGUAUUGUGUGAAAUGCAUCUAGGUAUAGAUACAUCGAAGUAUAGGUAUCGAAGCAGUGUUUUGAUAUAUUGCCACUGUAUAUCACGCAGGCCUGUAUAUAAUGCCAUCAAGAAACAACGUUUAUAGUUAUUACACAAUGUUUUUGUAAAAAUUUGAGUUUUAAGUUUGGAGUUUAGAAAAUGUGUAUGAUGCAGGGUGAGUCAAAAAGAAAGUGACCUGGAUUAUUUUUCCUUUCUUAAAAAAACAAUCAAAUUUGAUACACCAAUGAAGUAUGAAGUAUGUUUAAAACAGUAUGUUCUUCUACUCAUCUGCGGGAAAAUAACUGCGAUUCGUGCAUGCUAUCAGAAGUUGCA